UUCCUCCCUCUAGCCUUGCACAGGUGUACUGGCUCCUCCCCUUCAGGCUUGCGCAGGUGUAGCGGCUCCUCCCCUUCAGCCUUGCGCAGGUGUAGCGGCUCCUCCCCUUCAGCCUUGCCCAGGUGUGGCGGCUCCUCCCCUUCAGUCUUGCACAGGUGUACCGGCUCCUCCCCUUCAGUCUUGCACAGGUGUACCGGCUCCUCCCCUUCAGUCUUGCGCAGGUGUAUCGGCUCCUCCCCUUCAGUCUUGCACAGGUGUAUCGGCUCCUCCCCUUCAGUCUUGCACAGGUGUAGCGGCUCCUCCCCUUCAGUCUUGCACAGGUGUACUGGCUCCUCCCCUUCAGUCUUGCGCAAGUGUAUCAGCUCCUCCCCUUCAGUCUUGCACAGGUGUACCGGCUCCUCCCCUGCAGUCUUGCGCAGGUGUACCGGCUCCUCCCCUUCAGUCUUGCGCAGGUGUACCUGCUCCUCCCCUUCAGUCUUGCGCAGGUGUAUCGGCUCCUCCCCUUCAGUCUUGCACAGGUGUACUAUCUCCUCCCCUUCAGCCUUGCACAGGUGUACCGGCUCCUCCCCUUCAGUUUUGCCCAAGUGUACCAGCUCCUCCCCUUCAGUCUUGCCCAGGUGUAGCGGCUCCUCCCCUUCAGUCUUGCCCAGGUGUAGCGGCUCCUCCCCUUCAGUCUUGCACAGGUGUAGCGGCACCUCCUCUUCAGUC